GGGGGGGAGACCAAGAAGUAGAGUUGGGAGCGAGGGAGCUUCACCCCCGGGGCGGUGGUUGUUUCUUUUUUUUUUCCUUCUUUCUUUCUUUUUUUCUUUUCCUUUUUUUUUUUCUUCUAAUUCCUGAGGGGUGGUUGCUGCUUUUGCUACAUGACUUGCCAGCGCCGGAGCCUGCGGUCCAACUGCGCUGCUGCCGGAGCGCUCAGUGCCGCCGCCGCCGCCCGCGCCGCCCGCGCCCCGCUCGGCACCCACCGGUCGCCGCCGCCCGCUGCGCCGCUGCCCGGCUCCCGCGCCGCCGCCGCCGCCACCGUCGCCGUUUCCCCCCGACGACUGGGUGAUGCUGGACAUGGGAGAUAGGAAAGAGGUGAAAAUGAUCCCCAAGUCCUCGUUCAGCAUCAACAGCCUGGUGCCAGAGGCGGUCCAGAACGACAACCACCACGCGAGCCACGGCCACCACAACAGCCACCACCCCCAGCAUCACCAUCACCACCACCACCAUCAUCACCACCCGCCGCCGCCCGCCCCGCAACCGCCACCGCAGCAGCAGCCGCCGCCGCCGCCGCCGCCGCCGCCGCCCCAGGCACCGCAGCCACCCCAGGCGCGGGGCGCCCCGGCCGCUGACGACGACAAGGGCCCACAGCAGCUGCUGCUCCCGCCGCCGCCGCCGCCGCCGCCCCCGGCCGCCGCCCUGGACGGGGCCAAAGCGGACGGGCUGGGCGGCAAGGGCGAGCCGGGCGGCGGCCCUGGGGAGCUGGCGCCCGUCGGGCCGGACGAGAAGGAGAAGGGCGCCGGCGCCGGGGGGGAGGAGAAGAAGGGGGCGGGCGAGGGCGGCAAGGACGGGGAGGGGGGCAAGGAGGGCGAGAAGAAGAACGGCAAGUACGAGAAGCCGCCGUUCAGCUACAACGCGCUCAUCAUGAUGGCCAUCCGGCAGAGCCCGGAGAAGCGGCUGACGCUCAACGGCAUCUACGAGUUCAUCAUGAAGAACUUCCCCUACUACCGCGAGAACAAGCAGGGCUGGCAGAACUCCAUCCGCCACAACCUGUCCCUCAACAAGUGCUUCGUGAAGGUGCCGCGUCACUACGACGACCCGGGCAAGGGCAACUACUGGAUGCUGGACCCGUCGAGCGACGACGUGUUCAUCGGCGGCACCACGGGCAAGCUGCGGCGCCGCUCCACCACGUCGCGGGCCAAGCUGGCCUUCAAGCGCGGGGCGCGCCUCACCUCCACCGGCCUCACCUUCAUGGACCGCGCCGGCUCCCUCUACUGGCCCAUGUCUCCCUUCCUGUCCCUGCACCACCCCCGCGCCAGCAGCACUUUGAGUUACAACGGCACCACGUCGGCCUACCCCAGCCACCCCAUGCCCUACAGCUCCGUGUUGACUCAGAACUCGCUGGGCAACAACCACUCCUUCUCCACGGCCAACGGGCUGAGCGUGGACCGGCUGGUCAACGGGGAGAUCCCCUACGCCACGCACCACCUCACGGCCGCCGCGCUCGCCGCCUCGGUGCCCUGCGGCCUGUCGGUGCCCUGCUCCGGGACCUACUCCCUCAACCCCUGUUCGGUCAACCUGCUCGCGGGCCAGACCAGUUACUUUUUCCCCCACGUCCCGCACCCAUCAAUGACUUCGCAGAGCAGCACGUCCAUGAGCGCCCGGGCCGCGUCUUCGUCCACGUCUCCGCAGGCCCCCUCGACCCUGCCCUGUGAGUCUUUAAGACCCUCUUUGCCAAGUUUCACCACGGGACUGUCCGGGGGACUGUCUGAUUAUUUCACACAUCAAAAUCAGGGGUCUUCUUCCAACCCUUUAAUACAUUAACAUCCCUGGGACCAGACUGUAAGUGAACGUUUUACACACAUUUGCAUUGUAAAUGAUAAUUAAAAAAAUAAGUCCAGGUAUUUUUUAUUAAGCCCCCCCCCCGCCCAUUUCUGUACGUUUGUUCAGUCUUUAGGGUUGUUUAUUAUUCUAACAAGGUGUGGAGUGUCAGCGAGGUGCAAUGUGGGGAGAAUACAUUGUAGAAUAUAAGGUUUGGAAGUCAAAAUUAUAGUAGAAUGUGUAUCUAAAUAGUGACUGCUUUGCCAUUUUCAUUCAAACCUGACAAGUCUAUCCUUAAGAGCCGCCAGAUUUCCAUGUGUGCAGUAUUAUAAAUUAUCAUGGAUCUUUAUGGUGGAUGCAGACCUUGAGAACAACCUAAAUUAUGGGGAGAGUUUUAAAAUGUUAAACUGUAAUUUGUAUUUAAGAAGCAUUCGUAGUAGAGGUGCCCAAGAAAUUAUUUUGGCCAUUUAUUGUUUUGUCCUUUUCUUUAAAAAUCUGUUUUUUUUUUAAUUUUGUUUACUUUUAGACCAAAGAUUGGGUUCUAGAAAAUGCACUUGGUAUACUAAGUAUUUAAAUAAAAAAAAAAAAAAAAGGAAAGUUGUUUCAGUUGGCAGCACUGCCCAUUCAAAUGAAUCGGAAGGGGACAAAAUUAAUGAUUGCCUUCAGUUUGUGUUGUGUAUAUUUUGAUGUAUGUGGUCACUAACAGGUCACUUUUAUUUUUUCUAAAUGUAGUGAAAUGUUAAUACCUAUUGUACUUAUAGGUAAACCUUGCAAAUAUGUAACCUGUGUUGCGCAGAUGCCGCAUAAAUUUGAGUGAUUGUUAAUGUUGUCUUAAAAUUUCUUGAUUGUGAUACUGUGGUCAUAUGCCCGUGUUUGUCACUUACAAAAAUGUUUACUAUGAACACACAGAAAUAAAAAAAUAGGCUAAAUUCAUAUAUAUCUUGAUACUUUUGUCUCUUUUAUUAAGUAGAACUAAUUUUUAAAAAAUCAUUAAAGUUCUAGGGAAUUCAAAGGCUUUUUCAGCCAACUGAAAUUUAAACUGCUCCUUUCAUUUGAACUGAGACUUUUCAAAUGAAAAUAUUUUUUCCAUUGUGGAGUCAAAUUUUACAAGGAGCAGGCUAUUUAAUAAAUGCUAGCUUUAAACAAAAUAUAGGCUUUUCAGCUGAUAUCUUUAAGUUUCUGUAGAUAUACAGCAAAAAGAUUAUUUAAUUUUAUGUGCAUAGCUAUUUACCUUGUGUUUAUUUUCAAAUCAGUUGAUAGAAUGCUUUUUAUAUAUUUUGUUUCAGGUAUCUUGUUUAUAGCACUUGGCAAAUUAUAAAUAAAUCUAUGUAUAUGGUUAGAUAGAAGUGAAUAUAAUGCACACAUAUGUAAUAUAUAUAGACACACAGAGCCCUUCAGUUCAGGUACAAUUUGCGCUAUGAAUGCUGCAAAUAUUUUUGUUUAAAUAUUUGUAUUUAUACUUUCUAAGUCAGCAUUUAUUUUUGUGGCUGUUUACCCACAAUGAAAGAAUUCUAAUAAAGAUGUGCUGAAGUUGCAAUAUA